CUUGCUCGAGCUCCAUCUUCAGUUCCACUGCGCUCCAGUGCAGCUCGUGCGCAAACACCCACCGAAACGGGUGCCUCGUUCCAUCGCGUGAGAACCCUCCAGCCCUCCCCUGGCCAUGCAGCUCGCGGUGCUGGCCCUGUGCCUCAGCCAGGUGGCGAGUUUGGCGCGAGCUGAGGAUGCUGAUGCCGCAGAGUUGUCGGAGUUGGCGGAGUUGUCGGAGUUUGAGGAUGGCGCGCUCUCCGCACUGGACCUGAUCGCAGUUCCACGGAGAGUCGCGCGCCAGGUCAAGAAUAUACUGACUAAGGAAACUAAACCCCACAUUCAGGAGCUCUCAGUGCAGACCACCAUCAUCUCUCGCUAUGCUUUUACUGCAGUGUCCUGCACCAUGUUCAACAGGCACACUGCUGCCACACAGGGGGUCUUCCAGUUCCAAGUUCCACAGGCUGCAUAUAUCUCCAACUUCACCAUGAUUGUGGGAGGAAGAGUCUUUCCCAGUCAGAUAAAAGCAAAGGAGAAAAAAGUGAAAAAGGAUAAAGAGCAGAACGGCAAAUCAAAGACCAAGGAGGCGGCAGAGGUCAGUGAUGGAGAGAUGGAGACGUUCCGCAUGGCCGUUACCAUUCCGGGACGGAACCGGGCCGUAUUCCUCCUAACGUACGAGGAGCUGCUGCAGAGGAGACUGGGUUAUUACGAGCAUGUGACCAGCGUCCGGCCUUUACAACUGGUCAGCAAGCUCAGUGUGGGCGUUACCAUAGUGGAGCAUUCACGCAUCAAAUACCUGGAGGUGCUUCCUUUACGGAAAAGCAAAGCACUGACAUCCAGCAGCAGCAGCAAGACAGACGGUAAAGCGUCUGCGCCAGUUUCCACCGUGAUCAAACAGAACGAGACCUUCUGCAGGAUCACCUUCACCCCCAACAUCGUUCAGCAGGUCAAAAUCGCCAACAAUGGCAUGCUGGGAGAUUUUGUGGUGCGUUAUGAUGUAGAGAGAGAAAUGGGGAUUGGAGAUAUUCAGGUUCUGGAUGGACAUUUUGUGCAUUAUUUUGCCCCCAAAGACCUGCCUGUCGUACCCAAGAAUGUGGUGUUUGUUAUUGACACAAGCGCCUCCAUGGUUGGGACCAAAAUCAGACAGACUAAAGAUGCUCUAUUCACCAUCCUGAGGGACCUGCGUCCCAAUGAUCACUUCAACUUCGUAACCUUUUCCAAUCGUAUCCGGGUGUGGCAGCCGGGCCAGCUGGUACCUGUCACUCCAAACAACGUGCGAGACGCCAAGAAGUUUAUCUACAUGAUCUCACCCACUGGAGGCACAGACAUCAACAACGCCAUUCAGACCGGCUCCUCGUUACUGCGGGAUUACCUGGCCUCCACUGUAGACUCCAACCAAAACAGCGUGUCCCUCAUCAUCUUCCUGACGGACGGACGGCCCACGGUGGGCGAGGUGCAGUCCCCCAACAUCCUCGGGAACACGAAGACGGCGGUGCAGGAGAAGUUCUGCCUCUUCACCAUCGGGAUGGGUAACGAUGUGGACUACAGGCUGCUGGACAGAAUGGCUCUGGAGAACUGCGGCACCAUGAGGAGGAUCCCGGAGGACGCUGACGCCAGUGCCAUGCUGAAAGGCUUCUAUGCCGAGAUCGGUACCCCUCUGCUCUCAGACAUCCGUGUGGAUUACUCUGAGGAUGCUGUGGAAUACGUCACCCAGCACCACUUCUCCAACUACUUUAAUGGCUCUGAGAUCGUGGUGGCCGGCAAGCUGACCAAUCACAGUUCGGAUUCUCUCCACGUGCAGGUAACGGCUAGCAACAGCGAUCGCAGCCUGCGUCUGGAGACGGACGUGCAGCUGACCGAUCGUGAGCGGGAAACCAAGCGUCGGCUGGCCGAGGCGGAGGCGGGGUCAGAUGCAGGCGGCUACGUCGAGCGCCUGUGGGGGUUUCUGAGUGUAAAGGAUGGUCUGAAGGAACGACUGCGCAGCCAGACGAGCAGCGAGAGAGAGAAGUUCACCCAGCAGGCCGCCAACCUUUCGCUGGAGUUUAACUUCCUCACGCCGCUCACGCAAAUGUCCGUGGAGACGCCGCAGGUACUAGCCGAUGGCACUUUAGCAGGGGUGGAGCCUACGAAAGCACCGACCAGCACUGAUUCAGAGUCAGCCAAUCAGCUGCCAGAAGAGGAGUCAGCUGGGGACACACCCCAGAGCAUAACCAGAAAGAAGGAGCAGACUGGUCGGAGUCCAGAAGCUGGCAAAGCAAAAAAUGGAGUUAAAAAGACCGCCAAAACGUCUGUCACCCUCUCCAAAACAUCCGCGGAUGGAGAUCCUCACUUUGUGGUGGAUUUCCCCCUCAGUAAGCUUACGGUGUGCUUUAACAUUAACGGGCAACCGGGAGACGUCCUGCGACUGGUGACUGACCACAAACACUCCGGUGUGACAGUGAACGGUAAGCUGAUUGGAGCUCCAGCGCCGGCCGGUAGUCACAAGCAGCAGCGUACGUACUUCAGCUCCAUCAUCGUGGUGGUGGAUCGACCCCGGCGCUCGUAUAUCGAGGUGACCCCGAGGAAGGUCAUCCUGGACGGCCGGGACCGCAUGAUCCUCCCCUGCAGCUCCAGCAUCGCCGUGGAGUCCGACAGUCUGGGCGUGGCCAUUGUUGCUAACGCCAACAUUACAGUGACCAUUCAGGGAACCAUCCAGUUCAUUAUCCUGCUGCAUAAUUACAAAAACCCCGCCCCCUAUCAGCGAGACCACCUGGGAUUCUACAUAGCGAAGAGCGGGGGUCUUAGCAAGAGCACACACGGGCUGUUAGGUCAGUUUCUACAUGAAGAGGUUGCAUUAACUGAGGUUCUUGGAAACAUCACUGUAGCAAAAGGAAACGGCACACAGGAAGCUAACGCUACUGCUGGCCCACUGCAGUCGGGUCUGAAGGUGCUGAAGGUGAAAGAGCGAAUCGUUAAUGUGGUGAAGAAGAGCCGGCGGAUCUAUUCCGGCACUCAGACAGUGGACUGCUGGUUCGCCAAAAACAACGCUGCUAAACUCAUCGAUGGACAGUAUCAGGACUACGUAGUGUCCCACCUAUUUGACACAGGGGACUGGCCUCAUUCGGCCAAUACAGCCAAUACACACUAAAACACACAUAUUCACUAUAUACAUACUGUAUACACACUCUCAAUUACCCACCUCCAUACAUAGAUUUUGAAUGACAGUUUCUGAAUUACGGGAACCUCCACUCAAAUUUCUACAUUUUGUAACACUGAUAUUACUCACAUUGGAAUUUUUUUUUUCAUUUUACACUUUUUUAUUUGCAAUACCAUUCCACUGUUUUAAUAUUUCCUAUGAUUUAUUUUUUAGAUCAGCAGAAAUGAUCCUAAACAUCCAUUAAAUUUUAGAUUAUUCCAUCACCUGUAAAGUUACCAUUUGAGAGAUGUGAGGUUUUGUUAUACAGAUAUACAGUAUGUCUAUUGUAUCUGUGCUCCGUUUUGCCUUACUACUACUGCAUAACUUAACUGUUUAUAUAUGUUUACAUUUUGUACCUAAUCUAAAUCUAAUGUAAUAUAAAGACAUUCAAUGUAUAAUGGUUUUAUACUGGUUCUGUAAAUUAAAUCUAACAGAUUUUUUUUUUAUAAUGAAUAAUCUAUGAUGGUUAUCUGUGUGUGUCUGUAAACACUACUCACACUGCAGAUUCAUACUGGAUUUAAAUCAUUCCAAAAUAUUAUUGUCAGACUGUAAAAACUACACACAUUGCAGAUUCAUACUAGAUUAAAAUGACAUGGUUAUUACUGUGAGGCUAUAAAUUUAACAACACAGCAGAUUCAUAUUUGAUUAAUAUGUAUAAGUAUAACUGUUUUUACUGUCGAACUAUUAAAACUGCUCAUACUGCAAAUUCAUAUUGGAUUAAAACCAUUCUAAAAGUA